AAUAACUAGUUAAGAAGGGGGCCAAGCAACUUUGCCAAGCGUGUGCAGAGAAAGAAAGACACUGUGGAUGUGUUAGUAAAUCAAGCUUCAGUUACAACAGUGACCUGAAAAAAAUCAUCUGUAAUUAAAUAUAUGCAUAUAAUUUAAACGUUUCUGGAGCACCGUAAACUAAGAAACGGGGGGAAAAUGGUGCAGCAAACGGAGCACGGAGAAACAGAAAGCAGCAUGUCCAGAGAGGCUACUGAUACUGAAGAGAAUGAAUUUAUAGCUUGCAGCCCUCUUCCUCUUAACCCCGACUGGUGCAAAACGGCCACCGGCCACAUCAAGCGACCCAUGAACGCAUUUAUGGUGUGGUCGAAGAUCGAGAGGAGAAAGAUUAUGGAGCAGUCGCCGGACAUGCACAAUGCCGAGAUAUCUAAACGACUGGGAAAGCGGUGGAAAAUGUUAAAGGACAGCGAAAAAAUUCCUUUUAUCAGGGAAGCCGAAAGACUUCGCCUCAAGCACAUGGCUGAUUACCCCGAUUACAAGUACAGACCGAAGAAAAAGCCAAAGCUCGACAGUUCCUCCUCAAAGCCAAAUGCACAUUCACCGGAGAAAAGCAGCAGCAAAAUUUCUAAAACCUCCGGCAAAAAAUGCAGCAAACUAAAGCCCAGCAAACCGGGUGUCAAAUCGCAAGAGUAUGGGGACGAGUACGUAUUUGGGAACCUAAAAGGCAACAAGACUGUUAAAAAUAUUCUUACCGACGAAGAUGACGAUGAGGAUUACGAUGACGACCUACAGAUGCGCUUAAAACAAGAGGAUGAGGAGCAGAUGAGGGUUUACGGCGCAGCGAAAGUGCCGGCUAGUCCCACUCUCAGCUCGUCCGCCGAGUCGGAAGGCGCCAGCAUGUACGAAGACGUGAGGAAUGCUGCCCAGAACAGACUCUUUUACAAUUUCAAAAACAUCACCAAGCAGAGUGUUGCUUACCCGGCGUCUGUCUCACCGGCAUCCUCGCGAUCUGUCUCCACGUCGUCCACUUCCAGCGAGGAGCCGGAUGAUUUGCUUUUUGACUUCAGCUUGAAUUUCGCUCAGAGCUCCCAGGGAUCGGAGCUGGGCAACACCAAUUCAGGAAACCUGUGUCUGUCUCUGGUGGAUAAGGAUUUGGACUCGUUCAGUGAGGGCAGUUUGGGCUCUCAUUUUGAGUUUCCAGAUUACUGUACCCCGGAGCUCAGCGAGAUGAUCGCGGGUGACUGGCUCGAGGCGAACUUUUCAGACUUGGUGUUCACGUACUAAGAUGCGGGGGGAGGACCAGCAAGCGCAAAAAAAAAAAAACAUGCAAGGAAAGUAAUGAUAAGGGGCAGGGGAAAAUAAAAGUCGCGUCCAAGAUUUUUUUUCCAUCCCCGCCUCUUUCCAUGGUUUAUCGCUUCUUUCAGACUGGAGGCGAAAAGUAGACAUGGGAGAAGUUUUAAAGAUGUGUAUGAAGACGAUUCGCUUACAGACGAAAAAAAAACCAUCUGCAAAAAGCAUUAACUACACGAGACUCUGGAUUUUCUGCAGGUCUAUAAUAUGAACUUUUUUUUUCUUCAGUUAAGCACCGGGACCACUAACAAGGGGAGAUCUAUGAACAUUUCUAUGCAUCUUACCCGAUAAAGUUGCAGGGAGCAGUAAAACCGAGACUGUGGACUUUGAUUUGUAACAAAUUGCAAACGAUAUGUGAACUUACGUUGUUCUGGAUAUGUUACUUAGGUACACUUGUUUUGUGAUUUCUACAUGCCGAAAACGUUUGUCUUUUUUUCCUUAAAUUUGUAACUGGCUCCAUUAUACCUCCUGGUUUGGUUAAACAGCCCAGACCUCUGGCCAGCAGGUAUGGGAUAGGGAGAGGGCCGGGGGGCGGGGGGUAAGGAGGGGGUUAAGACCGAAAAACAAUUUUGAUACAUAACAGACCUCAUCUUUUUAGAAAAUAAAAGAUAUUUUCAGGCAUAUUUUUGUACAGUUAAAAGGGAAUGUUCUUACUGUGCUAUGCCAGUGAGAGGUUCAGGCACUUCUUCCCUUUUUCAUAUAUUUAGCAUGCAAGCAUAUUGGUACGUCCUGGUUUAAGGAUUAAAAGAAAAAAAAAACCUUGCAUCUAAAUGCCUUGUGAUUUUAAACUAGGUUUUGUACAGUUGUAGAUCAGAUUGUUGAAUAUUUGUAGGAGGAACAUUCGAUUUGGGGGGAGUAUAGACCUCAGAGCUGUUCUUAGUUUCCAGACUGUAUGUACUGUAAUAUAGUAAAGUUAGGAGUUUAUGUAUAUCAUACUCGUGAUAUGUGGAAGGGAUCCCAAAUCGCAGGUGUGAAACUGGAUUUUUUUUUAAUAAGGCACAUAAUGAGUUUUUUUUAUUUCUUUUUUUGUGCAAUAUAUAGCCUAAAAUACAGACCAUCUGCAUUUUUUUUUCUUUUGUAGCAAAUGAUGGCAAACCAGAUUUGUGCACUGUCAAUAUCAUUACCUGUCUCGAUGCUGGUCUGUAUCUUGACGAAAAAUAAUAAAUCAGCUGGAACUGAUAUAAAAUAUGGCCAUGUGUUAUGAAUUACCAAAUAUGGACCUUGAACAAUUAUUUGAUUUGCAGUAUUUUAUUUUUCACUUUGGAUACCUCUAUACCAAAAUCACAUCCGUAGGGUACAAUGUGAUAACUUUUUACAUUUUCUAAAGUAUUUAUGCCAAAAUGGCUUUUUUUUUUUUUUUAAAUGUUCUCCUUUAUUUAUAUUUCUUUGGUCUGAGGGACAAAAUUUAUCAUUGUUUGAUUCAGUGCAGCGUUUUUGUCAGCUAUAGAACGUCAUCCGAUUAUCGGUGUUUUAUGAAAAAAUGGAAUGUUUUAUGUAUAUAUGUGUCUUGCACUUAAUAAGCUGAACAGCUUUUCAGUUUCUAAGCCGAAACAAUAUGAAACACUGUAAAGAUGAUAUUUAAGGCACCGCAUAGAUUUGGAAUCGAUGAGCGUACUUUUUGUCCGUUUGCAGCUGGAUACUUUAUACAGGGGAUUAUUCAUAAUUUAUAGCAAAUUGUGCAAUUGCUUUGACCCAUCUUUUAAUAAAUAAUUGCUUACUAGA